AUGACCGUCAUCAAAGACGCUUUUAUCGAGGGCGGCCGUGAGAAGGUGCCAGUCUGGAGACUUGAGAGAGAUGGCGGGCGCGGGUGCUCUUCGUUCCAAUUCAGGGCUUCAGUGCAAUCUUUCAAGCUGGCCUGGGUGUCCCUGCGAGACUUCUCCACCUGGAAAGCCAAGUCUGCCAAGCAGGAGCUCGAGGAGCAGUUGCUGGAUGCAUCUGUCGUUGACCUGGCCGGCGCCCGUUUCGGUUUCGACAUCCUGCGGCCUGGCCUGGGUGGGAGCCCCGUUUGGAUAACACGGAGCCAGGGCCUCGAACUUUGCGAUGAGCGCCGGUUGCACUACGGCGGCUGA